AUCGAGUUGUUUCGCAUUCCAAGUAUUUGUAGGCCUCUGACACCUCGCACACACACACACAAAAUUCUAAAAGUGAUUUCUUGCCGUCUAAGAGGCCGCCAUGCCAACCUUAAAGUUGCGUAUCGGUCUGCCCUCGAGGCGAACGAUGAGCGGCAUCUGCAUCUGCGGAGCACUGGCCUCCAUCUCGGGCCUGGCCUACAUGCGCUGGAGACUGGAGGACCGUGUGCGCCAGACGGAGUUCUACCAGUUGGCCAUCCAGCAGCUGCGCCAGCACAGUGGAGCCGUGGGACUGCUGGGCGAGCCCAUCAAGGAGUCCGGCUUCAAUCUGUCCAACGAGAAGAACCGCUGCGACGAGGACAAGGCUCAGCUGCAGUUUAAUGUCCAGGGUCCCAAGGACAGGGGCACCGUCUACUUCUGGGCCUCAAACAACCAGAAACAGGGCUGGCUGAUCGAUCGCCUGGAGCUCGAGACGAAGCAGCAUCCAAACACCCGCUACCUGCUCAAGAAGCCCCCGAACUACGCCCUGCUCAGCAGUGAUGGCGAUCCGGAUCCCCCAAAUGCCGAGUCCUCCGAGGAAUCCCAGCAACCGCAGACGCCACUCGAGCCACAGGAGCAGGAGAUGGAGGAGAAGGAGCAGGAGCCGGCAGCCCAUCAGCACCCCAGUAUUCAGAACAAUCCGCCGCAGCAACUGGAUCAGCGGCAGGGUCAGGAGCCAGUGCCUCAUGUUCACACGGCGGAGGGCUGAUGAAAUCGGUCCAACUCUCGAGAUGCGCUCUUCAACUGUAAACGGCUAUUUUGGAGUUCAAUUACUCAGUGCUUUCAGUUCAUCCAGCUAAUUAUUUAUUAAAGUAUAUCGGUUAUAGUUACUUGGCGUAUUUGGUAUUGAACUUGGAAGCGUAGUUUAUUAGUUUAAGUAACCAAGUCAAAUUGACCGCAUAAUGAAAUAGAUACCUAAAGUUUAUUUUUACAGGAAAGUAACAUAAAUGAAAAUGUCUGUAUUCUAGAACCAGUGAAGAGGAAAAGUUCUAAUUUACUUGAAAUGAUUUUUGCGCAUGAAUGCGACUCACAGAAUUUUAGCAAUGUCAUUUUGUUCUAGCUUUUGUUGGCCUGGCAAGGGUUGUGUAAAAUGAAAUAAAUUGUAUUUUAUGUAGAUAUUUGUUGGCUAUUCUUAGCAGUCUGUUGGCUUUCUUUGAGCAGUGACAUUUACAAACGAAUGAGAUUUGAAAUAAAUAACUGCCACAUAUUUACGGGGACCAUGAAAACAUUUAGAGCAAAACUCUGAAACGAUUAGGGGGUUUGGGCACCCAAGACCUAUGUCAGACAUGCUUUUUGAGAUGCAGGCAUGCGGAAAAACUACAGAAAACACGUAGUAAAAACUUAAUUUAAUUUAUUUAGCAUAUGGGCAAUGGUUUUAGUUAGAUGAUAUUUUUGCAGUGACCAAUACUCCAACCGUUGUUGCGAUUGUUGCGAUUUCAUUGCUUCAUUUGGGGCGCUAUCUGGGUGCGUGGUAAUUAAAUUCGUGAUUUUUUUAGUUUCUUUUCAUUGCCAGUUUCCCGCCUCUUUUGUGGUAAUGUUCGCCUCUCCUCGAGAUGUUAUUAAAAAGAUAAUCGCAAUCUUAGACAUUUUAUUUGCCGCUUUUUCCCUCUUCAUUUCGUGGAAAUUAAAUGGGGGCCGCGGAAGGGGGCAGGUUGCUACUUCUUGUUACCUUGAGAGUUCAACAAGCCAAGACAAGGAAGCAACAAAAAGUCAGAAGCAAUUAAGGCACACAAACUCAACUCUGAGGUCAGGCAGGUGACCAGUAGUCCGCGGCGAUGAGAUGGGAGAUGGGUUGCUUUUGUUUGCACAAUAAAAUUCGGCUCGAGGAACGAGAAACGAGCCAUAUUCAUAUAUUUGUGCGUGUAUUUGCGAUUGUUCACUCGGUCAUUAAGCAUUUGAUGCAGCAAAUUGAAUGCAAAUGCCUUUUAUUGCUAUUUAGUGUGUUAGCUAUUGUGUUCUGCCAUUCAUUCAGCAGCAAUUAUGAAAUACAAAGCAUUGUAUGCUAACAAUUUCAAAAGAUAAAAAAAGCAGAACAGAACAAUAACAUCAUUUGAAACAAUUACCACUUUAUAGUUCAGGAUUUUUUUAGCAUCAAAUUUGUUAUUUUAAAGCACAAUUAUUGAGGUCAUAAAAUGCGGGCCACAAGUUUAACGAACUCUCUACAAUAUACUUUUAAUGUAUGCGCUCUUAUCUUAUAUUCAUGGGCUUCCGUUCAAGUAUCUUUAUAUUGCUUAGCGAAAAAAAGCAAUUGAAUUUACAUGGAAUGUGUGUUCGAAUGAGAAAAAAAACAAUACAGUGAAAAGUAAACCGAAAGUCAUUCCGAGAGAAAUCUGUGCAAAUGAAGAAAAGGUGUCAAGAACUUUAUUGACAAGCAGUCCUCAAGCUGUCAGGCUUUCGAAGAACCAUCAUAAAAAACCCGGACCGCAAACCAAGAUCUCGAGAUCCCAAGAAUACCAGUGUAGGAAGCAAAAAAAGUCGAAAAAAGCGCCAAACAAACUUCAAACGUGACAAACAGCCGGACGGAAAAAGGCACAAAUAGCUUUUUUCCAUCUGGCAAAUGAACUACGUGAAAGUUUUUACAACUGGCACUUUGGGUUCGUUUUAAUCCAGUUUAAUAUUGUUCGGUUUCGCUACUUGUCAUAAAAAUCGACCGGACCAAUCCACACUUAUUGAGUUCAAAGUCACACGAUCAGGCCGCGUGCCAUGCGAUUCCAAUACAAAAUGCUAUUGCCGAGUAACGUUUAUACAAAAUGAAAAAAAAAAAAAAAAAAAGAAACUAGUUCCCCAUGUGGGCAGUGAAGUAAGCGAUAGGUCGACAUACUUUUCGAACUCACUGUCAUUGGCAAGUAAAUGGAGCAAAAGCGACAUCGCACCCGAGGCUUAUAUGGCAAGUUGGGGUGGAAAGCGACUUAAGGCAUGGGCGUAAUUAGUGCUGGUUGGCAUAUUACUAAUGGGUUCAAUAUGCACUCGUUCUCGCCUAAACACUCUAAUUGGCAAAUAAAACAUCGUUUUGAAAACGCAGAGCUUAUGAGAUUGCUAUCCUACCAGUGAUUUGCCUAAAUAUUCAAGACCUCUCAACCUUCAAUAUUCGAAACUCGGUGUACCAUGCAUCCAUAUUUCUACUAUUUCUACUAUUCCACUUCGCUUUUGCGGCCCAGAAACUCAUUUGCAGCUGACACAAACGGCGAUGGCAGUCAUCCAAGCCAGUUGCAAUGAGCAACUGGGCAAAUGGAAGUGGCUGCUUGGCUGGCGAUGGAGAUGGAGAUGGAGAUGGGUGGUUGGCCACAAAUGCCAGCCAUGGUCAAUAUCAGAAGCCGGCGAAGAGGUCUUUGGGCCAUUCCAUUCCAGAAUGGCAGGGAAGAGUAUAAUGCAGAGGAGCGACGUGGAAAACGUGUGACACAAAAUAUCACUCUCAUUUGGCGAUGAUGUUGCUGAUAAUCAUGGCUGUGCAGUGCGGCGGGGAAUAGUGACGGGUGUAAAGCAAUUGCAUUUAUGUGGAUAGUGACGAAUGUCAACGGCACACGCUAAUUAAGGUUAAUGAAAACGACAAGCCGGGCUCAACAAAAUAAAGCAUGACAACAAACUGAUGGCGGUGAUUAACGAGGACAGCUAACUAAAUUGGAUGUCUUUAUGUUUACUGCCGGAUAAUCCAAAUUUUGGUGUUACCUUGCCCGAACCAGCGAAAUUAGCAUAGAGCAUUUUGUUUUUCUGUCGCCUUUCAAAGUUUUCGACUUAGUUUUCAAUUUUGGCACGUACUUCUGAUCAAUAUGCCCCCUUACCCCCAAAAGCAUUGCCCCAGAUAAAUCAAAACAGACCCUAAUCUAAGAAAAAUAUUAAUUUUUUACUUAAAACAGAUGUUUACAGUAGAAAAACAGUCUAAGCAAAAACUAAUCUUCAGUUUGAGAAACGUAAGUUUAUGAUACAAACCAAGACUGAACUGGUAAACACUCACCUAUUUUAUUUUGCUAGUUACUGAAAAACAGAGAAUAAGAAUAAUUAGUCAAAUGUGAUAAAUCUAAUUAGUCAGAAAUAAAUGUAAUGUAAUGAUAAAUGUAAUUAGUCAUAUUCUAAUGAAUAAUAGAAUUGGAAGUUAAUUAGAUAGAUAUGUUGUACAAUCAUAGGAGUAUAUUUAAGCUUAUGUAACUAGUUUUUAGACAGGAUUUGAAAUCAACCAAAAGCAAGCUAGGAUCCCAGCACUCUUACAUGCAAUGCUAACAAUGGAUUUUGGGUUAGCUACACAAUGUAUUCUAAAUAGGCCUCCGGCAAUCUUCUACGCAAUGCAGGCGAACCGUUAAAGUCUGCUUUAAAAUGCAAUUCAGCUGCAUUUGGUCUGCUUAAAAAUUGAUGUGCAACCAAACACAAAGACGGUGUAGAGUAAGGCAAACUGCCUUUCUGCACAUUUUCCCCGUCAUCGUCUGCUGAAUAAACGGUGCCCCGGGGAUGCAGUGCAGCCAGGACUCCCAGCCUCAAGGUAGUUACCCGUUAGCAGGUGUGUACUUUGGACUUCUAGUGAGGAGCAGGCGAAGCUGAGUCAAAAGAAAACAAAGCAGGUUAACGCUGUUUUGUUCUUAAGAGGUUUAAGUUUAAAGUUUGCAAAUGCUUUUCACCCAGUUUUGCAAAGAUGAUAUGUACUUUGAAAAGCUGCUACUGCAUCGAAAACAAAUGCCAAUUUCCUUUUAUGUGGGAUUUCAAUAAGUAAUUCGUGGUCACACAUGGUUUGCCUGCUCAUUGCAAAUAGUGCAGCAGUCUCAUACUUUUUUAAGUAAUAGGGUUUCCUUACAAGCCGCCAGACUCCUUGCUCCCCAUUUAACCCAUAGAAGGGCUCAGCCCAGCUCAGCAGUUGGUCCUCGCCACUUGACUUCUCGAGUGGUGAUAGGAUUAGGGGUAGGGAUGUUGCAGCAAGAGCAAACUCAACAAAUAAAGUCAUUUAUCUGUUUUGUCUAGAGACAUGAAGGAGAUGGAUGCACCCAGGCCAAGUGGAAGCCAUAGGUCAGGUCAAGUCAAGAGCACUGUGGUUGAAUAAUAAGAUUUUUCAAAAGUUUCUACAAGUGGAAACUUAAAGCAAUACUUAACAUGUGCACAUAACACAUUCCGAGCAUUUUAAAGGACGAGAGACAAAGUUCAAAUGCCAAGCAACAAAUUUCAACAACCGCUCACACUAUCAAAAAUUCAAACCUCAUAUAGAUAGCUUAUGUUAUCGCUUUAAACUGCUGCACUUCGUAGUUAAAAUAUUUAGCAAACCAUAAGGCGCUUUCGCAGGGUCAGCCAACAAGGGAAUAUUAAGGAUUCCGAUGGCGGGUUGGGGUAAAAGGACCACAGCCUCAGCUGCUGCCAAGUUGUAUGUCCGGAAGGCAAUAUCUGAAUUCAGGUAACUGCGGACUCCAACCAAACGCCGCGCACAAUGCAAAAUUUAUUAGGUUUGGCGAGAGGGAAAACCGAACGAAAGCAAAGUGGAAACUCGGAUAGAGAUGCCCUAGAAUUGGAAAAGAAAUGCAGCUAAGCUACUGCAAAGGAUGACAAAAGAAAUCAAUCAAUAUCCGGAACUGGAAUAUAACUAAUAUUUUCUCAUUUUCUGCAAACUAAAAUUAUUACGACUUUUUCAAUCAACAGAUAAUAAUAAAGUAAACACUAUUGGUUUACAUUUUAUUGUUCACCGCCUAAGGAAAAUCAUGACAGUAUAGUAAGGUAUGCAAUAAAUAAUAAAUAAACCUUUAGAUGAAUAUACUUGCAUGUCAAGUAAGUGUGUUCACAUAUAGUGUGCCAUUUUGAACCAGCAAAAUCCACAACUGCAGGCAAGUCGAUUCCGCGGUAUUUUGCCCACUUUUGGGGACUCUGUAUUUUCAGCUGUAUCUGUGGUGAGGACGCUGAAUAGGUCCUUGCAUGGCUUGAACCAAUAAUAAAAACCCAACGGCCCAGAUUUGUACUUGAAUAGCCGAAGAUUAAGCGAGUGUGCCUGGCACACCAUGGCAUAAAAGACUCUUAAUGGUUUUCUUCGACGAGUCCUGUACAAAAUGGACAAUGCUCUACACUAAUACGGGCUAAGAAGUAAUACUAAGUGAGUAAGCCACCAAGUUACAGCCCAAAAUGUUAAUUAAAUUAGCUGCAAAUGAACCAUGGACUAACAAAUCAAACUACCUAUAAUGGGGUGAUUGCAUGUACAUUGCAGACAAAUUUGUCUGACGCUCGUAAUUUUAAUUAACAGAGCAAAUAAACUGUGCGUUUCCCCGGGGAAGCAUUCGCCUGGCUAAUGGAAUACGUUGGGACUACGGGCAAUAUAUACUAUAUAAAUAUAUAGGCACUAUAUAUAAACUAGGCACUUACAUAACGAUACCGGCAGCCAGACCAAAGCAAACAUGUUUACCCGAUCUGGUGGGCGGGGUAGAGAAAUAAAAGCGAAAUUGGAUGGUCGAACGGCAUUGGCUAGUGAAACUGAGUCUCUGGUCGGAAGCUAAUUAAAAUUAGCGUAUUUCAAAAACUUUUUUCAAUGGAAAGCGCCGAAAAAAUACCGCAACCCUUAGGAAAACUUAAAAGGAAAAUGACCGAGUGGACUUAGUUCGCAGAUGGGAAAGUGUCUACUAAGUAGAAUGCUUUACACAAGUGCACUUUAAAUUGCAUUCAAAAUUAAUUGAGUUUCCAGCAGCGCAGUCUGUAGACAUAAUCAGCUUCAUUUUAGUGAAAGGGUAAGUUGCAACCACCCAAUACACUGCCAAAUAAUUGCUCGAAAAAGGUAUUUAUUUAAAAAAUAAUAACUAUAGGGAAAAAGGGUUGAGCAUGAAAACAGUUUCGUCUUUAAGAACAUCCACUAAUUAAAAACUAUGUUUACGUGGAAAAUAUGCCUGUAUACAUCAAUUCUAAUAAAGUAACUGAGGCAGUUGCUCUUUCGUUGAUAAGAAGUUGUAAAACAUGUCAAGUCAUACAUUUGGUUUCCGCAGAAGGAAAAUUGAAUUUGGGUACCAAUUUCUUAGAUACGUUAUCUUGGAAUUGGAACAAAUCAGAACCGUGCUUUGACGUUGUACCAAAAACAGAAGUUUCUUAAGUGGCACGAUGAAUGGCCAAUUAAAAAGUACAUCCAACUUCUAACAGCAAAUGGCUUUUAAUUCCUAGAGCCUCUAAAAGCCCCUUUAGAUUUAAUUGCUCUUGAAAGAAAAUCCGUGUAAACAGUGUUAUUUGCUAUUUAAUGAGCCGCAUGGAGUAUAAAAGGAUUAUUGUACUUGAACACAAAGAGGGUUUGCUUAUAAAUUCAUACAAGUUAAUGAUUGAAUAUUGAACAGAAUAUAAACAGUUUAAAAAACCCAUUUUUUCCACCAUUAGGGUGUAUGGUGUAUGGAAAAUUGAUAGUAGGUUUGUUGAAGGUUGCCGUUGGGCAAAAGAUAAGAUUAAAAAGCCGUGAGCUAUAUACCUUGAAAAUUAAUGAUAUUAGUACGUGCCUAUCAAAUCAAUACACAAAAGCGUUGAAAAGUAAAAGGAACCGAGAUUAGCCAACAUAAAUAAGUCAAAUAUUUUACUCUGAUAUGUUUUAUGGUCCGUUAUUAAGUUGAAAAUGUUUGUCUUUUCUAUUGAUAAAGAAAAAACCUAAGGAUUACAUUGCACGAAUAUGACAAGUAUUCCUUUACAAUAUAUAAAAUCUUGAAAUGGACGUACAUAAUAUUUCACGGACAGUUUACCGAGCGGAGUAGGAAAUUACUGCAAAUUUCAAUUACACUUAGCACUUUGUAUGUAAAUUGAAUGGACUGAUAAAUAUUACACACGCAUCGUGCCUGAGGCGGCAAUCAGUCAAAAAGAAAAAACAACAACCAACCUGAGAGAUGGCCAAAAGCAUUGGGGCCUUAAAAAUACAUAUGACAGUCGCAUGAGCAGCCGAAGGCAAAAUAAAAAAACGCAAAAAACCCACGACCAUUUGAGAUUCUGACGGGGCUAACUCGAUUUGCAUAUAUUUCUCUUUCCAUAUGACACAGCUGCCUGUUAAUUUCGAACAUUUUUAAGCGAAUAUUCAUCUUAAAGAGAUGAUUGCCCUUUUUGUAAACUUUCAAUUCCGGAAAUAAACGAAUUUUAAAUGAAGAUAUUUUUGUUAUUUGGUAGACAAGCCUCAGCUGCACAGCGAAGCAAAGGGGAUUUUAAAAACUUUCUCAAUGGCCGCCUAAUCAUGAUGGUUAUCAGGUCUUACCCCAAAUAUUUUCCAAUUACCAAAUCACAUUUCACGAUGAACUGGGCAGGUUUUUGUUUAAUUGAGCACUAACGCAAUCAAUCUCACAAGACAUCGUCUAAUUUCAAGUCCAUUGUGUGUGAAGUUUCAGUUACGUUUGAAAAUGGAGGCUGUGAUGACAAAAAGAUGGUCUUUGACACGCAACCUACAAGAUAAUCUCGUCUAACACUUAAUUAGUCAAAUUUCACAUUACAUUAGAGCCUGGAAACUUCACUGACGAAGAGAAAUGCGAUGAAUGUGCAAGGUGCUGUAAAGAUAAAGGAAUCAUCAUUAUGACGAUGACGAUGUGGCAUGCUGCAAAUAACAUCAAGUCAAACCGAAAACUCGUGUAAGGAAAAAGUUCGAAUACAAGUGUCAGUCUGGAAGGAAGCAAAAACAGGACGCCCCUUUCGUUUGCGAAAAUGUUGGGUCCAAAUUACACAGAUAGCCUUACAAACAGACAGGGACACAGUUUGAGGAAAAACUUUUCUUUCUCCUAAUUCACGGCUGUCACUCUUCGAGUUAAGUAACACGAAGAAAAAAGUGACGAGCUGACGUUAUCAAUAAAACACACUGAAGCGCACUUGAGUUCAAUAUAAAAUCGAAAAUCGAAUAUACCAAAGGAAUUCUUGAUGCCAACAAAUGGGUAGGUGGUAUCCACUUUGUGGUCCUAGUUAAGCCCCUCCCACCCGUAUCUUAAAUAAUAAAAACAAAAUGGCAACCGUUCUGCGGAUGAGCAGUAACUUGGCUAGAAUGGCUCUGGCCUCCAUUAUGAUGAACCGUUUGCGGGCUCGGCGGUUUACGAGGAUUUAGGUUGUAAAUGGGUUUUAAAGUGCAGUUUAAGGUGAAAGCAUGGCCACGUUUAACAGCAGGUUGGUAUACUAAAAAGUAGAGAAUGGGUUACGACUAAAUAAACUUUUCAGUCGAUACUCAAACUUCUUUCGAAGCCAAUUUUUGAUGAGCUGUCAGUGGCUUUUCAUUUCUUCUAUCUUCUGCUGACCAUUUGAAGCUUUGAGCUUUGGGCCACUCAGUCGGGACGAAAUAAAAAUCACUAUUUUCAUUCAACUAUGGAAACUGGGUGGCCCCUUCCCGGAACAAAAACUGAUUUAUGAUGUCUGCCACACCACACACUCGCAUUCCAUGGAGCGCUGAAAGUUAUGCAACAUCAGCCUGUGGGCCACAGGGCGAAUUACCAUUUGGUUUACCCGCAACUCCGUUUACUGCGCCCCAUUCCAUUAGUGGGCGUGGCACCGUGGUAGGUGUCAGCUUCCUGCCACUGGGCGUGAAAAUGGCCCGAAACUACGCCACACUUCCAGUUCCGUGGCUUUUGGCCAUACUUUUUUAUUAACAAUCAUAAUUCAUAUUUAUUAAUGUGCUCAAUUUGUUGUUAAUGACAUUACCCGCCUUUGGCGGCGAUAUCCUGUGCCUUUGGCCUGCACAAGGAUCCAUUGUCGACACCCAGUUGCCGUCAUUAUUUUUUCGCCUGUUGGCUGCGCACGGAUGUUUGGCAAGCAGGUCGUAAUGGAUGACUCCUCUCGAGGUGGCAUAUUGAUUUACCGGCUGGAUGCUUCAGUGGGCCGAUAUGUGGGAGUCCAGCCAUCCAGGGGUAAACUCCGCAAUGUUUUGAUAAAAUAAAUUACCAUUCGAACGGCUUUCGAUAAGUAUUUUGCAUGAACGUUUUUCAUUUGCUUUAUUAAAGCUUAAGUGGCAUGAUAUUAAAUAAAAUUUAAUCAUAAUAAAUCCUAAUUAUUCCGGAAUUUGUACAAAAGGAGUCUUUCAUAAUUUUAUAUAUUCAUACGUGAAAUUAUGAUUUUGAAAACAGGCUAAGUUUGCAGCAUGUUGGUCAAGGACAUUUUCAUAUUUCAUGCAACGCUUAUCCUUUUAAGCAGCUCGUCGUUCUCUCAUGGUAACCAGUUAAAACAAAUCUCUCAGGGGCACUCAUUAAAAAGGCCACUACAACAGCUGGCGAGCAAAAUAAAAUAAUUAAAUAAGUACCACUAAAACUAGCAGGGCAAAAUAUGAAUCUUUAAAGACAUAUGUACAUUCAAAAUGCACCCACAAGUAAUUAGUUUUUUGCCAGUUUUCAAGAUUUUGGUAUCUUUUUCUCAAACGCGUUUUGGCAUCAUGAAAAAUGGGGUUUCGGCACACUAAAUUACUAAGAGAAUAUGUACAUUGUCCCAAUUUUAAACAGACUUCCCGCAGCGACCGUUGAAAUUUGUAAAGAUUUAUUCUUACCGGAUUUUAAUGAGUCCUCAAAAGCAAAACUAAAGUGGGUGGGUAGUUUAUGAAGGCAAUUUGUCAGUACUUGUAUGCGCAACAAGAACCUUAAGUACGUUGGCAUAUUUUUCACAGGCAAAAAAGAGAGACAACAAAAAAGGCAAAUAAGACAAAGGAACAUAUUCCGUGCACGUUAAGUACCGUCUAUUUAACAACCCCAACAAACUUUGUCGCUCUGAAAAUACAAAAAAAAAUUUAGUUUCCCUAAUUAAAGAUGGUUUAAUUUCCUUGGUACAUUUUCUCUGCAAAUUAAAAGGAAACCAGCUAUUUGAAAUGUUACCAACUUUUAUAAGUCAUACAGUUUGCAUUAUUAUAUCUAUAAUAUUACGUUUUUGCAUUGUCGGAAAUCUGAUAUUAUAUUUCCGAGCAUGCUGAACGUUAUGUCCUUACCGCUCAUUCAUUUUCAAUGGCGCUUAAUAAAUUGAAAAGGCUCUAGUCCUCUCAGUUCAAUCAAAUGCACAGAUCGCCAGCCGAAGGUCCAUUCUAUGCCUAUUCAUGCAGCCUCCUUACCUCUCAGCCACUAUCGAUUUAAAAGCCACAAGCGCCCUUGUUCUUGGCCUGUGACAGUCUGUGCGUGAGGAAAAGCUUUUAAGUAAUCAAGAACACGAGAAUGCAGCUCAAAACUAAAAUGUGUUUUUCACUAAUUCACUUAACAGCAAGCUGCUCAGCCUGAAUCUAAGCCGAAUUGCGGCACAGUGUUCAAAUCCCAUCAAAGGUUGUGCCCAGGCUCACAAGACGGGUUCUUUGCCAGCUUAGCUGGGGACAAUAAGUGAUGAAAUUGGUUUCCACUAAGGACUUCCCGCAUUUUUUGUCCCUGUCCACGGCAUGUGUGCCACAGUGGUCACAUGGUGCUCACGUCCCUGUACUCAGACACUCAGACACACACACAAAUGCCACCACAACCUCAGCAGCACAUUCACGAACACAAAGCCCGUGGCCCAAGUCUAUGUCAAGUUUGAGUGGCUGCCACACUCCAUCACCCAUGGUCCAUCCUCCUAGUCUUAUCUCUAAGCCCUCCCAACCGCCUGCACUUAGAGAAACGAUUCCGUCAACACAUUUCGAGCAUUAGGACAAGCUUGACAAUAUCUGGAAAAGUACUCCCUUGGCCGAACACGAGUAUACUCUAGCACCUACUACCUAGUUUUUAAGAAAAGGUAUGCCAUCUGAGACAUGGAAUGCGGAAAUUUGUCACAUUUUUCUCCAGGUACAAAGAAACUGACAACACAGGCGGCUUUUCCACUUGGAAGCCUGCCAAAAACUACACACAAGCUGCACAGACGAAGAGCAUAAGUGAUGGCGGUAAAGGCAAACGAAUUUUAAUUAAAUUUCUUUCUCUUCCCCACUGAAGUGCUACCUCUUGGCCGCUUACCAUUAGAAUAUAAAUAUUAAAAUCAAAUACAUGCUUGCCUUUCAAUUUCUUAUUUAUACCAUUUUAAAGGUUCAAUCGAGUUAAGACGAGGCGCAGUCAAAACAAACAAUAAUAAAGCAAUAAACAACAAUAGCAACAGUCUGUCCUUAGUAAGCAACCCUUUUGCAUAACAAUAAGGCAACUCUGGCAGAGCCAACCAAUGAUUUGUGCAAAUGCCUUCAACGUCGCCUUCAAGUUCUUCACUUUUUUAGCCGACAAACAUUUUCUCUCGUCGCUCGAACUGUAUAUAUUUGCAUAAUAAUUACAACUAAACUUUUGCUGCUCGAGCAUGAAAAGCGACGCUGUGGAGGAAAGUACUACAUAAAUAUUGCCAGGCGCCUGAAUUCAGUCAAUGCGCCCUGAUGAAAAUGUGCCAUCUUAAUUGUGUCGUUUGCUGGAAUACCUCUUUGUCUGUAGCUCUAGAUGCAUCUUUCAAAUAGAAUAAUUGAACAUUAAAAAAACAUAUCAGCUAGUUUCAGUAUGAGCUUCGCUUCUGUUUGUAGUCAUGCAAUAUAGGUUUUUAUACAUAACUCAAUUCUGUUUUUUUUGAUAAUUUGGAGAUGUAUAUUUUUCAAUCUUUGAAGGUUAUAUAUCUAAAACGGCGAAGAAAAGGUGAUUUAAUAACUUAGGAACAUUUGACCGAAACAAAUUUGUUAACUAGGUGUAAGAAAUUGCAUUACCUUGCUAAAAUUAAAUGCACCAAAAAAUCAAAAAAAAAAAAGUGUAUUUAAUGAAAAGAGGUUCAUUUAAACAAUUUUUGAGUCUGGUAAACAAUAUACCAACGUUCUCAAUAAACUGACUUUCAUAGAGCACUCAUCUAGGUGUUAGGAACCACCAGGCCAACUACAGCCCUUUAAACAACCCAUUUUCCCUCGUUUCAAUUCAAUCAACCAUUAAGCAUAAGCCGCCGGCCGCCCAACUGGGCAACCCAGUGCUCGUCAUGCUGACGAUGACAUGGCCCCUGGCCGUGGAGAAAGGUGUCGGAACACCGCACACGGGGCGCACCUGUCCCGCUCCCAAUUCCAGUUCCGAACCCAAUCCCUAUCCCUAGCCACCACCCUUCUCCCCGGCGGAAUACCCCUGGCCGUGACUGACUGACGGUUUUGCGUGCCGAACUGUUAGAGGAAGUUGGAUAAACAUUUUGUUGCCCUACAGUUGUCAUGACAAAGCCGACUGCCCCAUUUCAUAUUUGGCCUAAACAAGCGAUACUGGGAACACAACGCUUGAUGAGCACAUUAAUAAAAUGUAGUAAAAUACGAAAGCAAAAGAUAUUAAUACCAAUUAUAUGAAGUUUUGAAUAACUGAA